AUGGCCAUGAUCCUCAAGGAGAAAGAUGGGGUUCUCAGUGAGCAUGACCUCCAGAUCAACAUCAUGUGUAACUUCAGUGCCGCCGACAGCCUUGUCACUUCUGACCAAUAUUCUUUAGAACAAGAAACUUUCCACCUCAGCCAGAAGACAUUCAUACCCGAUUCAAUCCAAGACGAUGUCCAUCUGCAGGUGUCCAAUGCCUACUCGGGGGAGUCUGUCACAGCGGCAGCCAUUGGGAGUAUUGUACUACUCGAGAUGAAAUAUGCCCUGCAGAACGGUGAUUCAUUCAUUCAUUCAUUCAUUCAUUCAUUCACUGUUGUGCUAUGCACUGUCCUGAAAUCCCCUGUCAAGUCAUUUUCCCGUGAAGAUGACCAGAAGAUCGUCACACCUUGGUUCAACCUGUUCGCCUUUGAAGACGAGCCAUCAGUGGCGUUCCAGUCUGACAGUCAGACUGGGGAAUACCAGCAAGCCCACCCACCAGCAGCGCCUCCAGCCUACGACAUGGGCCCGUUCGUCUACGUCAACCCUGUGACCUGCUCGCUCUUCCUCCUCAUCCUUCUGGUCUUCCUCUGCAUGUACAUCGCCUUCAUCCGCACACUGCGCAAGUCUGUCUACGACAUCCGGAAGGAGAUCGAGGUCAGGAGGUCACGGGACAAGUUCCUCCAUUGUGGGUGUGUUCAGCAGAAAGACAAGGAAUAUGUUGCAACUUAG